ACACAUACACACAGUAAAUUCACAAUAUAUUCACAAUAUAUAUAUUUACUUAUAUGACAACAUAAUAGCAAAGCAAUUUAGUACAUUGUCAUCAGAAUUAAAACUGAACAAAACUCAAUUGAAAAGAUUUGGUAACUUUUUUAUCUUUAAUUUUUUAUGUUAACGUAUAAAAGUAAUAUUAAACUUUUAUAUUAAUGAACUUAAUAUGUUGAUUGAAAUUGUAACUGAGUAAUUUUACGAAAGAAAUUACAAAAUAUGAUGCACACAAAUAAAAUUAUUAUAGCAAAGGAAAAGUAAUAGAAGUCGAUAUAAAAGUCGAUUUUUUUCUUGUAUUAUAGAGAAUUUUCUAUUUUCAAAAAUGUAUUUACACAAAGAAAAAUAAGUUGUCGAUUUUAUUUCUGUGACCUAUUAAAUGUUUACGAAUUUAUUGUGAUAUUUGAGACAUUGUUAAGAACCGGGUAUUAAAAUCAUUAAGGUCAAGAACAAAUCCUCAGAUAUAAUUUGACUUUUGUUUCGUACGCAAUGAGCAAGUUAUCUCAAUAUCGAAAAGAACGUUUGUCGAUUGGAAGACUGUCGAUCGGAAGUUUGUCGAUCAUUAAAUCUGUAAAAAAAAAAUUGAAAGAUAUACUAAAAUUAUUCUAUUUCUUUUAAUUUUUCGUAUUUUUAAAUUCUUUGACAUAGUAUUACAUCGAGUGUUAGAUACAUGCUCUUAAUUCUGAUAGUGCAUUAUCACUACGUACGGUACAAGUGAGCAGAUAAUUUUAUACUCCAGUACGAAAAUCAAAAGAAAUCCGAUUAAAUAUGACGCGGACCAGAGUUUUUAUUCGCGAAAUGUGUUUGCCAUUAAAAAUGCAAUCUCGCAUAAGAUCGAUCAGAAAUUAUCCGACAGGAUAUAAUAAAAUAGUGGACAUGAGCAAUAAUUUGCAACACGUACGACCGACCGAGGAUAUUCCUGGUCCAAAAGCAUUACCUUUGAUUGGCAAUUUAUUCAGAUUUCUGCCUUACAUAGGUGAAUACUAUAAUGUGAAUACUCUGACACUUAUGCGAAUGCUGCAUGAUAAGUACGGCAAUAUCGUUAAAUUUGACGGUCUAAAGAAACAACCAAGUAUCUUCCUAUUCUGUCCAGAAUUAUGUAAAAGUAUGUAUCAGCUGCAAGGCAAAAUUCCAAUACGAAUUGCCUUAGAGCCCUUACACAAUUAUCGCAAAAACAGAAAAGACAUUUACAAGGGACAAUAUGGUCUCACAACAAGUCAGGGAGAAUCAUGGAAGGAUUUUCGAUCGAAAGUCAGUCCGCACAUGAUGCGGCCAAAUACAGUGAAAACGCACACCACACAAAUUCACGCUAUAACUAGUGAGUUCGUGGAUAAAAUGUCGACAUUGCGAGAUCCUAAAACAUUGGAAUUGCCAGAUGACUUUAUGAAUGAGUUAUACAAGUGGAGUGUAGAAACAAUGUGUUUAAUCGCAUUGAAUUACCGAAUGGGGUGCUUAAAGUCUAAUCUUGCCGUGGAUUCGGAACCACAAAUAAUGAUUAAUUGCGUAAAGGAAAUGUUCAAUCUUACGUAUCGUAUAGAAAAUGUACCAUCUCUAUUAAAAAUAAACCAUACAUGGAAUUAUCAAAAGCUGUUCCAAGCAUUAGAUCAAAUUAAUGAAGAAUGUAUUAUAUUUACAACCAAUGCGGCUGGCGCUUUGCUAUACUAUAUCGCAAGUAAUAAGGAAAAACAGGACAAAUUGCGAAAAGAAGUAAUGUCUGUGUUACCUGACAAAACAACACUCAUUACACAUGAUCUUUUGGAAAAGAUACCAUAUGUAAGGGGUUGUAUUAAAGAAUGUAUGCGGCUGUUUCCCAUCACUAAUGGCAUUCUAAGAAAUAUGCCGAAAGAUGUUUGUUUAGGAGGAUACUUGAUACCAAAAGGAGCAAAUGUGAUGGCUUGUCACGCAGUGCUUUCGAUGGAUUCUAAGUAUUUUGCACGUCCUAUGGAGUAUAUUCCCGAAAGAUGGAUACGGAAUAGUCCCGAAUUUUUAUUAUAUAGGAGUACGCAUACCUAUGCAUAUAUGCCUUUCGGUUAUGGUGUUCGCGCUUGUAUUGGACAAAGAUUCGCUGAGAUGGAGCUCGAGAUAUUACUCUUGAAAGUCAUACGAAAUUUCCGGAUUGAAUGGCAUUAUGGACCACUCGAACAUGAGAGCCAAAUUGUAAAUACGGUGAAAUCACCGUUGCGACUCAAACUCAUCGAUUUGUAGAAUAUCUCAAAUAUUUCUAUAACUCGACCACUGUUUUGUCAAUACCGAAUGGCACUAACGAUAUUUUUUCCAAUAAAAUUAAAAAAAUAUGUAG